UUCAUCUUUGCAGAGUGAGCUGCUGUGAAUCUUGAGAGGAGACGUCUCCUGAAAGGAGACAAGAUGGCAUCCAACAACACCCUGCGCAGCUACUCCAUCAUACCAUGUUUCAUCUUCGUAGAGCUCGUCAUCAUGUCCGGUACGGUGUUGUUGGCCUACUACAUGGAGUGCACGGAUCUGUUCAGUGUCCACAUUCAAGGUUUCUUCUGUAACGAUGCUGAGCUGAUGAAGCCAUAUCCAGGAACAGAGGAGUCCAGCUUCAUCCCUCCUCUCAUCCUGUACUGCGUGGUGGCUGCUGCUCCCACUGCUGUGAUUUUCAUCGGCGAAGUGUCCAUGUAUGCAAUGAAAUCAACGAGGGAAGCUCUCCUGGCCCAGGAAAAAACCAUUGUGACAGGAGACUGUUGUUACCUCAACCCCCUUAUCCGCCGCAUCAUACGAUUCAUAGGUGUGUUUGCCUUUGGCCUGUUUGCCACAGACAUCUUUGUCAACGCAGGCCAGGUGGUGACUGGAGGUCUGUCGCCCUACUUCCUGUCUGUUUGCAAGCCUAACUACACAGGCACCGAGUGCCGCUUUAAUCACCAGUUUAUUGUCAAUGGCAACAUCUGCACUGGGCCCUCUGUUGUCGUGGAAAAUGCUCGCAGAUCCUUUCCCUCGAAGGAUGCUUCGCUGAGUGUUUACUCUGCUGUUUACCUGACGAUGUACAUCACCAGCACCAUCAAGACCAAGUCCAGCCGCCUGGCCAAGCCUGUGCUGUGUCUGGGCACGCUCUGUUCAGCUUUCCUCACGGGCCUCAACCGAGUCUCAGAGUACAGAAACCAUUGUUCAGACGUAGUGGCUGGUUUUAUACUUGGAUCAGCAGUUGCUCUGUUUCUGGGUAUAUGUGUUGUAAACAACUUCAAAGGCAUCCAUAGUGCAGCAGUUAAACAGAAAACUGAAGAGUACCGGGGUCUGCCUCUGAUGACUUUCCCCCGUGUAGAGAGCCCUCUUGAGACUCUCAGCGCACAGAUCCUGAACUUCCUGGAAUCCCACAGAGAGAGGGGUCUGAUUUUGAUCAACUGAAAGUGGUUCUAAGUAUUACUUAUAUAUUUUGCUGUAUGUGUUCUUUCUUUCUUUCUUUCUUUCUUUCUUUCUUUCUUGACGUUUCCUCUGUCUUUUAACAUAAAGCAAUGACACAUGUUGAGAACAUACAGGCAUGAACUUUGCACCACACCUUUGUCCUCCCCCAACUGCACAAAAAACACAGAGAACCUGACACAAAGCACUCCAGAAACUCUUUGACAAUGAUUUCCUCUACCUUUUUGUUUCCUUUACCUUUCCCCUUUCAUGCCUUCCUUUACAUUCUUCCUUAUCCCUCUCAAUCCUUGGACUACUUUUUCCCAUCCCUUCUUCCACAUCCAUUUUCAGAACCACUCGGCAUCGAUGACGGAGGUCACAUGACUAAGGGGGCAGCACCGGGUCACGUUUGCGUCUCCACAGCACUUCCAGACACAAUGACAAGGACGCAUGCCACGUGGCUCCGAAUGCUUAACAGAAAACACUCCUGAUAUAUCUGUUUAAUUCACUGGGGGGACAAAAUACACCAUGUUUCUGGUGGUUCUCAUUUAGUUGGGCUAUGCUCAGUUCAACCUGCCAAGGCACACAGAUUGCAAUAGUGCCAAAAUAUCCCAAGGCAAAUCUAAGCACAGAUUGUUUUUCCAGAUAUUUUCAACCAUUAAAAACAUGAGGCAUUUUUUUCCCUCCAAGGUGUGCUGUUUGUAGUUAGAGGAUGGUGUUUUGUACAUUUUGUAUGAGCGAGUGCUGUAGCCUAUCCUGAUGGUGUUAAACCUGCACACUUCCAGUCAGCGGACUCACUCUCUUUUCCAUCACAUCUUGUAAGGUGACUUGCCUCGUCGUUCACCACAUCUAUCCCCUCAGUCGAAAAAAAUCUGCUAUAGAAAAAUAUUGAUGUUGUUGUUCUGUGAUGUUUGUCAUUUGUACAGAAAAAGACAAAGUCCUUUUUAUUAUCUCUGUCUGUACAUUAAUUGACCAUGUCAGGUCAUAUUUUGUAAAGAUUUUUGUCAAUCUGUAAAACUAUUAUGAUCCAUUUGGACCUGUUUGCCUGCUGUAAACCUGGAUAUGUUUUGGUAUCAGUUUAGGUGUUUUGCGGAACAACCCCUCUCCCCUUUGGAGGAAGUGACAAGGAAGAGUCAGUGGCAUCCUCCGACUUAGAAACUGGGGUUUGGCACUUGCAGUGCCGUGUUAUCAGCCAGAAUGAAAAUGAAAGAUGAUUGGUUGAAAUUGUCAAUAUGAGUGUUUAUCACCCCAAUUUCUUGAUUCUCUGUGAUGUUAAUAGGAAUUUUUAUACAGAGUGGUCUGGUGGGGCUAGCCUGUGUCAGAUAUACCUUGAAGAUUUCACUGGUACAGCUUUACGGUUAAAUUUAAACUGCAAUCCCAAUGGAAAAAAAAUCCCUCCAAAAUACAUGGGAAAAGAAAAAAGGAAACUGAAAAGCUUUCUGGAGUGGAACUGAGAGACUUACUUAAGGCCUGGCUAGCCUUUUUAAUGGAAUUCAGGCAGUGACUCCUGCUUCACUAUUCCUCUCUGAGGCACCCCUCCCCCUUCCUGAACCACCAGUGGAUUGUGAUGCAAUGUUGUGACUCCAUUUCCCAUUGGAAGAUCCGCCCAGCAUGACAAGGAAAAAUGUUUUAUACAUACUCAUGAUUUGAAUUAUACUCAUUAUCCUUGUGAUUAUAAAUGUCUUUUACUUUAAAAACAAAAAAAGCAUUUCAUUUGAAAUGCGACAUAUAUUUUUUCUUGGUUUCUUCACAAAUUAAAUAGUAAGUAGCAAAUGUGCUCUCGUGUUUUUUUUCAUUAUGUGUCAAUUUCAGGUGAUACCUUUUCUUACUAUUUCUUGU